GUGAGGCGGUGUCCCGGCCUCUCCGGGAGUGGGAUUCAAAGGGAAAUCCUGGGAAACACACACCCGGCCACGCUCUUUCUGCUGCCCGAUGCGGCGAGGGGGUGGGCGGGAAGCUGAUGGAGAGGGAGCGGGGCACAAACCCUCUGUUCCAAAGAGAACCUCCUGCUCCAGCAGCGGCAGGCUCAAAGCCGGCAGGACACGGCCUGCGGAGCCCCACCCGCCCCUCCCCGCCGCGGGCAGCUCCCGUGUCCGCACUCCCUGCGCUGGAAGCGGCAGCGCCCGCGGGCACCGGGAGCCUCCCGGCUGUGCCCGGCGGUGCCCGGCUCGGCUCACCUGGCUCCGGGCGGGCAGCCGCGGGUUAACCGGGCCGCGGGCCGGGAGCGGCGCCGAUGUCCCGCCUUCCCCGGCCCGUCAUCACGGCUGCGCGUCCGCAGCGGCACUUUCGGCGCUGCUCCUGCGGCGAGCGCGCCCGGCGGCGGCGGGGAUGGCGCGGCCGGCCCGGAGGAACAAGAAAGUUGUUGAUUAUUCUCAGUUUGGGGAUUUGGAAGAUGAUGAUGAAGACUUUGCACCUUCAAACAAAAAAUCCAGAACACAGCUCAAGGAAUCAAAGAAGGAGAAAAAAGAGAAGCCAAAAAAGCCCAAAGAAGUGACUCCAUCACAGACACUAAGUAAGAGGUUAUCCUUGGAUGACAAACUUUAUAAAAGAGAUUUGGAAGUUGCCUUAGCCUUAUCUGUCAAAGAAAAACCUACAAAUCCCCAAGAGGUGCAAAAUUCAGAAGAACAAGGUAAGAAUAUUGAAUCAGAAAAUCCACAGAGGAGACAUCCUUUUUCCAACUGCAGUGUAGACAGUGAACUUUUAGGUCUCAAUCAGGUCAUGGAUGAUGACACUCCUGAGGCUGAAGGGAGGCAAAGGACAGCAGCAACCAAAGUUCCAGCACAUCACGAGUCAGAGGUGGUUGACAGUGAUGACAGAGCCCAUGAUCCUGACUCUGUACCCACAUCACCUAUAGUUUCUCCUUCCUGGAUAACAGAGCACAGCUCUGAGCCAAGGCAGAAGGUGAUGUCCAGUCCCUCAGGAGCAGCUGGGAGGCCUCUGUAUGCGUCAAGUCCUGUCACAGACAAAAAGCCUAAAUGGACACCACCAGCUCCAUCAGGAAGCAGUAAUGCCUCUGUGAAAUGUGCUCCUGUUAAGUCACCUACUCACUGCCUUAGACUUGGCCUUUCCAGACUGGCAAGAGUCAAACCUCUCCAUCCCAGUGCUACCAGCAGUUAAAUGGUCAGUGACAAAGUGCCACAUAGGAAAAGACUGUGGAAAGGGUUUUUCUGAUAAACAGAGGGUGGGCAGCAUCCUGGAAUCACCCAUUUUGGAGGACUCUUGUUACAGAUGCGUCUGAUACUAGGAUGAGUUUUUAUUCUGCAAAUUCCUAGGCAUCUUUAAGUGCUACUGAAUAAUAACAUGAUUUAAUCAAAGUGACAUCUGUGCCACCAGCUUUUUGAUGUAUUAUAUUCAGGGAUGCUGCUUUGUGAUAAUUUUAAUUCUUUAAUACCUAAACUCCUGGCAUUAACAUAGUCUAGACGGCACUAUGGCAGUAUGAAUGAUAGGGAAAUGUUUUUUAUAAUGUUGUAUUUUUAAAAAAACCCUAAAAUAAAAUACUUUAUGGUAUCUAACUAUA